AUGGGGGCGCAUUUGGCUGCCCCUACCCCUGCAGACCAGAAGGGCAAAUGGGAACGGGCAGGAAGGACAGUGAUCAGGAUUCAGGUGCGGCCCACAUGCUCCUCCCUUCGAAGUCUGGAAGCACCAGAAUGUCCAGGAGCAGGAGCUGCAGAAUGGGAGCAAGUGGACUUUCAGAGUAGUGGCAGCAAGGCCCUGUUGCCCCCCUGCGCCCCCACAAGAAGUUCCUCUGCAGGGUCAAACUUGGAGGGAUGCCUUCUACAUCCGUUGGGCCGCGAGCCACCCUCACUUUCACAAGGCCGCCAGUCAGGCAAGGCGAAGCUGGAAGUGCCGUGGAAGGUCACGCAGCACCUGCCCAAGACGGCCACCCGCUCCCUGGGGGACUUGAAGGUGUGCCGUGGAACCCGGGGACUCAUGGCUCGCUUUCUGAACAGGUCCAAGCGUAAUCUGGCGUUGCCGGGAGCGGAAACCAUUAGACAUGGCCCCCAGGGCCAGAAGCAGCUACAAAGGCUUGGGGCUGAGCGGUCGUCCCCGGAAGCGAUACACUUACAGAGCUGCGAGGAUCUAAGCUCUACUUCAUCUUUGCGCCGCCUGCUAUCGGCCCGCCGGCUGGAGCGCAGGCGCCCUCACAGCCUCAGCGGACUCGUACGAGAGAGCAACCUCUAAGACACACGCCAAAUGGGCCUGUCCUCCUGCCUUCUGUGACGACAUCUUCACGGGUACCGGCUCUAGCCUUGGAUCCAAGAUCGAACUCCUAGAAAAACUGGAUUUGGGCUUUCUACGGGGCGCCCACCCACCUCCCCUGGGAUGACAGCUUCAAGGGUAUGAGUUGACAGGGCAAAUGUGCUCUCUGCCGAAAGCGCCAGGUUCCAGGUUCUCUUUUGCGAGGAUUGCAAUGCCUCUGUUCCACACUUGUCGCUGCGUGCGAGAGAAUUGUCAUUUUGGCUCGCUCGAGAUUCUCUCGUGAUCCAGAGAAUGUUCAUAGAGGUGACUGUUCCACGGCUGACAGAAGACACGUCUCAUACAAUGGCAGCGAGCGUUUUGUGCGAGCCACAGAUUCUCAUACGUGGCUGCAAUGAAUACUCUCAGCGUUGGGAGGUCACCCGUUUGCCUGUUGGCAACUUGUUGCGGGAUGUCAGCAAUCUGUCUCUCUUUCCUGGCAUGGACAAUUUGCACAGAGAGUCAAUUUCCACUCGUUCUAGCGACUUGCGCUUCGUUUCCGGCACUCCUUGUGUGGCAUUCGUGCCUCGUUGGCUACUGGGGUGUCCUGCUUGUUCAAAACGAGAAUUUAGGGUUCUCUGAUAUCCCGACAUGGGAGGAAAAGAUAGUGUUCUCAAGUCUCCAUUUAAAUGGCAUUACCAGGACUUGUCUGUAUCCUCCGCUAGGAGAUAAUCGCCGGGGCAAAACCCCAAUACCUCGCCUCUAUCCUCUGCUUCCCUCUGCUGUGUAUGCACACUAUACCAGAGCUUGGGAUCUCAGUUUCCCCAUCAUAUUUUGCAGCUUGCAAUAUGUUCUGGCUACCACUGAUACCUCAUUUGAGCUGUGCCUUUGGCUGGCUGCUCCUUUGGGUGAUCGUCUUCCAAGAGAACCCAGGAACUGAGGACCAAACCAGCUGAUACUCCAAGACAGAAUUUGCACUUCCUAAGUGGGUCGUAGCUCGUAUCCUGAGGCUAGGCGCCAUGGUUUGGGGUCUGGAGGUAGUGUCUGGCAGAUGAUGGGAUAGUGUGGGCCCUGGCAGAGCCUGCCUUUACCUGGCGCCGUGGGGUGGAGGUUGAUAAGAUAUUGUGGGUUGUGGUUCUCUAGCCGAGCAGAAAGUGACCUCCCUUGCUUGAAUUCUGGGCCUAGCCUGAAUUCACUUUUUCCUCUGGAGACCCCAGAAGGAUGGCUGCAGCCCUCAAAACUUCAGACCACCGAGACCUGGUGGCAAUACCUCCUAAAAUAGACAACAAGUGCUCUUUUGCAUGUCCCCCCCAGGCUGUCGGGAGUCAGCUUCUGACCCAUCGGGGGUCCUGUCCUGUAUCCCGCCUUUCUCAGCAGUCUCUUAUGUGACCUCAAAGCCCCCCCGCGCCCCCCCCCCCCACUGUCAUGCUUCCCGGCUCUUUCUGAUCAGAGUGCAUGCUGUAGCUUUUUGUAAAACUACGGGAAUGCCUAGAGAGGCCUUUGGGAUAUCAGGGGGAUGUCUUCCUAGCCAGGGGUUCGGGUGCCUUUGAACAGCUGUAGAUCAGGAAGCCAUUCGGCAGGCGGCAGGCGGUGAUAAAGGGGUGCAUUUCUGCUCACUCCGUGUUCAGAGGCGUCGGAGGGCGAGAGCAUCGGCUACCCUGAUCGGAACAGGGACGGGUGGGAAACUCAGCGACCGGCAGUUUUGAGAUGCACAAAUACUUAUCUGAGUAAACCAAAUAAAGCCAUAUCUAUUAACUUCGA